AUGGCGGCAGAACCCGGGCGCUCGUGGACUCAGGCGCGCAAUGCGUACGGCGCUAGAGAGGCGCUGAGGCGAGGAGUGGGCCGCCGACUGGAUCCCGCCUCUCAGCCCAACGGGCCGGUCCCCGAAGAUGUCCGCGUCCCGGGCCGCCUGGCUCGCCUGCGCGGCCAGCUGCGGACCGAGGCGGCCGGGCGAGCCGAGGCGCCGCGGCUGCUGCGGUUAGUGGAACGCGCGGGCGCGCGAGCCGGGGCGGCGGGGACCAGCGAGAGGAGCGAGGCGCGCAGCGGGGGCUCUGUGUGCUCGGUGUGCGGGGAGCCGCGCGGCGGCGCUACCUACCCCGCGGGCGUCCUGGAGGUGAGCGAGCGGCGGCUGCAGGAGGGGCUGGCGACCGUGCGUGCCGAGCUGGGUGCGGGGCUCGAGGCGCUGCGCGCGGAGCUGCGGGCUGAGCUGGACGCCCUGCGCGCCCUGCUGCCGCCGCCGCCGCCGCCACCCGUCCGCCGCGAGCCCCGCGGUCCCGCCCUGCUGCGGGCGCUCGGCACCGUGAACGCGUUGGUUUCGGCCUCGAGGGCCGCGGAGAAUGGUCCGGACGCCCCCGCCGAUGGCCUAGCGAACCGAGCCACGGCCCGGAAGAACCACAAGAAAACCCCAGUGCCUUCAGCGGCUGCUCAGGGCGGAGGAGAUUGA